AUGGAAAAAUUGUUUGAAGUCUUCCUCUACUUAGAGACUCAAAAGGUUCUUUUGGCCAUCUAUACCUUAAGGGAUGAAGCCCGUAAAUGGUGGUUGCUAGUUCGGAGCGGUAAUGAGAAUAUGACAUGGGCUCAAUUCAAUGCAAUCUUCUAUGACAAGUAUUUCCCUCAUUACUUUUGGGAUCGAAAAGUGUCUGAAUUCCAAGAACUCAAGCAAGGCAGAAUGUCUGUGGCUGAGUACGAGGCUAAGUUCACUGAGUUAGCCAGAUUCGCACCUCACAUGGUGGACACGGACUACAAGAAAACCAACAAAUUUGAGGAUGAAUUGGAUUUGGAUAUAUCAGAUCGGAUAGGAGUCCUCAACCUACCUACGUAUGUAAAUGUGUUGGAUAGGGCAUUGAUGGCGGAAGCCAUUUUGGCAGCAAAAAAGCAAACUCUUGUCCCAACAAGUGAGUGGAGGGGCAAAAGAUCGGGGUCUAAUUUCCAAAGAGGUCGAUCAUUCUCGAAGAAGCAGAACACAGGAUCUUAUAGUAGCUCAAGCCAAAGUAGUGGAUCUUUACCGAUUUGCUCAUAA